AUGACACCUGGAAUUGAAAACGCCGACCCCGUUACCUUCUCCGACGACCAUGGGCUUGCUGCUGUCCAUAACCUUGCUGAUUUCGACGACGACGACAUCUAUAGAGGAGAACCUCCUACAGCACCUUCGCCUCCAUCUCCACGACCUCGUACAACCUCUGUGAGCUCUUCGAGCAGCGGAAGUAGCUCCUCCUUUACUGGCCCUGGCGGUCGGCUGGGUACCCUCGCCGCUGUAGUUGAACAUGCUAUCACCCGAUGGGCUCGAGCCAAUUGGUCAACAUCUUCGAUAGAUUCGACAUCGACCUCUUCCUCAUCUUCCAGCUCGUCCCACUCCGCUAGGACUUUAUCCACGAAACCCGCGCGACCUCGCAGAGGACGGCGAAACUCGGGUCAUGCCACACUGGUCAACGCGCAAUCUGAAAGAAAUGUAGUCGAAUCUAUGCGAGUUCGCGAGGAGCUCAGGCAAGCUCCACGCUCGUUUGCCUUGUAUUUGCCUCCGUCCUUGACCAACGUCAUUCCCUUGCCUGACGGCUCCAUUAAUGACCAUAUGAUUCGGACCGAUUCGCUCCCCGACAUCAUCUCUCGUCUAGACUCAGCGCUCAAGCGUUCGGGGCGGUUACGCCGGGUGCAAGAACGUGAACGCGCCAGACAAACCUUGGACGCAUCUCCCACGUCAAAUCCCCCUUCUACAUCGCGGGAUCGGACGCCGCAAUCCAGGCAGCCAAACAUGCUCCCAGACGCGGGACGAAUUCGCAGAAUGCGGAAAGGCAAGGACAAGGAAGGGUUGUCCCCCGUGUCGCAAUACGUACAAUCGAUGGCCCAGCAUCAUUCCACCCAAUUGUAUCUUACACCGGAUAUCUCCUCACCCGACGUCGCAAGCCGGAAAGCCUGGUUUCUCGAUAUCACGAGCCCCAAUUCUCAAGACAUGCGUUCCCUUGGCAAGCUCUUGCACAUCCAUCCCCUCACACUUGAGGAUAUUCUUCAACAAGACCCCCGGGAGAAACUGGAAUUCUUUCCGAAACUUGGUUACUAUUUUAUUGUGUUUCGGGCGAUAGAGGGCCAGAAGACCCGUGAUAGGUUCCGGCAAGUACGCCAUAGAGAAGGCGAUCACACACCCCUGGAGGAUCAUAGUGUCCUUGGACAAAUCAGUGUGUACCUGGUGGUCUUUAGAGAAGGUAUCUGCGUGUUCCACUUCUCGGACAUUACAGAGCACACGGAUCGCGUACGUAACAAACUCAUACUGCUAGAUCAAACUCAUGGCAGUUCCGCAGAUUGGGUAGCGCACGGGAUUCUCGAUUCGAUCGUCGACGACAUAUUUCCUUUCACCGACGAACUCGAGAGCGAAGUGGCUGCCAUUGAGCAGAUCGUGACGUUAGGUGUCGAUGAGACCCUUUCUAGUCCAUCGAGCGACCCGCGUGCUGCUUCUUCAUCUACUUCAAGUUAUUCUACUCAACAUAAUUGGGACCAAGAGGAGAAGUUUACUCGUGACUCCACGGAUGGUGCAUUUAUCUCCGAUAUCGAGAAGCAGAAACCCUCGGCACGAGCGCAUUUUGCCCUUCCGAGUCCAACAAUUCGACAAAUCAUCCGGCGAUUUUGCAGUGCCCUUCGAAUGAAGUUGUCAAUGCCUGUCUAUGGAAACCUUCGUAGACCGCUCGAUGAGAGCUCGACGACCCUAACCCUCCGGCGAAUGGCAAGGACACGCAGACUCGUCACCAAUUUGACACGUCUCCUUGCUACCAAGACAGAGGUUAUAGCAGGUAUACAGAAACGUCUUCUAUCCGUAGACGCCCGUGGGCCUGGUUCGGAGGAGAUCGCGAUCUAUUAUGGGGAUGUACAAGACCACAUUUUAACUCUGCAGCAAUCUUUGAUUCACUAUGAGCGUAUGCUAAGCCAGUCGUAUCCUACUUACCUCACGCAAUUGCGCCUAUCGGCCUCCAACCUCAACUCGAGGCUGGACAGAGUCCUUGUGUUCCUCACGACGGUCACUGUAGGCGUGUUCUGUAUCCAGCCUCUCGUCGCCUUAUUCUCGAUCAACGUCAAGAUACCAGCCAACGGGCUGACACCAGGACAUCCAACUAUCGUCUUCCCGAUAAUCAUCGUUGGUGCCUUGCUCGAAAUCAGCUUCUAUCUGGUGGUGGUCAGGUGGUGGUGGAAGAAAGCCAAACGUAGACGGGGCCGACGGCAAGCAUUACGAUAGAAGAUUGUUAACGACAUCGUACUGAUCUAAUACAUAUGAUACAUUUCACGACUAUGUACACGGUAAUCCAUGCCAAAAAAACCCUCGAAGUCGUCCUUACAUCGGUGCGGUUACGUUUGGUUUUCCAUGGAGUUGCUGUACAACUCUCUUCGUUUCCUCCAAGACAUUAUUCACUUUAGCUCGUAGCAUCCGAUUCUUUUCCUCGAGCUGAAUCUCGAAUUGUCCAAGCGCUGCUUCUUGCUCGAGUAGCGCAUUCUCCUCGAGUUGCAGUUUAUCAAGCUGACCGCGGAGCCACGUGAGCGAUUCGUUCAUCUUGAGACGUUGACCCGUGAUCUCUUCCAAACGUUCCUUGAAAAUGCCGCGGAUUUCUUGACGUUCCUGGUCAGCUAGUUCGACCUCACGGGCUGCCAAUUCAAAUUGCGACUGGUCCAUGGCCCAAGCGACAUUCUUGGCUUGACUGACGUAGCUCAUACGCCCCAAGCUGCCCGACCUCUUGAGACUGCUUCGCCUGCGGGUAAGACCCGGUCGCGAGACUAUGGAGGCGUCAUCAUCACCGGGGCCUCCUUGUGGCUGCAUGGAUUCACCAGUCGGCUGCGGAGCUGGCAUGUUCAUCUGAGGUUCUGCAAUAGGCAUUUGCGUGGGAAAGCCGGAAGCGUCCAUCGUCGCGGGUGGGUGAUGAUACGGGUGAGGUAAAGGCUCUGGAGAUCUUACUGUACCAGGCAGCGGCACGGUAUUUCCAGUGUAUUGUGGCCGUAGAUGUCCGGAGUGUUGUGGUUGUAUAUUAGCGUAUUGUGUCGGAGCAUUGUCUGUAUACUGCUGCUGCAUGCCGGGAUGGAACUGGGCGGAGGGGUCUGGUAUCGGUGUAUAGGUGCGUGUUGGCUCGAGAACUGGGGACAGACGAUCAGAAUGGGCUGUCAUAAAUCGUUGAUUAUGCGCAGCGUCCGAACCAGCGUCGGAUGAGGAAGUUGGCGAGAGCGGGAAAACGGAUGGAGGGACCAGCGGCGGCUCCGGCGCGCUUAAACGCUGCUGUUGAUCCCAGACAGGAGUGGUGGUAGUCGUUCGCAUGGACAUGCGCUUGCUAUCGCGUCGCCCAUCCCCCUGAGAAACACGAGGCGCUUUCUCCUGUUGCGUUAGGUCUGGUUUGCCUAUCUUGGCACCCUGGUCCUUGAGCCACCGUUCCAUUUCUUUCAAGCGAAAAUCGGGUGGGGCGUAUACGGUGCGAAAGGACAGUGUAGGCGCCUGAGCAGGGUUCGUAUUGGCUAAACGUUGACAUUUGCGGAUCAUGCGAUCUUUAAGGUGCCGGAUUGCCAUUAUACGCUUCCAAGAGGCCGAUGGACCAUACGCAAGCUCGUCCUUCUCCAUUUGAAGAAGCUGGGAGUACAGCAGUGCCGUGCGAGGCGGUAGCAACACCUUCAGCUCGUUCGGUGUGUCAGUACACUGAAUGUAUCUCCAUCCUGUCCGCGUUCCUGAUUCGUGGGGCUCUAGCUGCCCACGAACCGGGCUAGCCUGGAAGUAGUGCGCGGGGGGAGCGGUACUGGUUGGGGGCAUAUUGGAAGUGGUGGUUAUGGUAUAAGCGGUGUCCAGUAGACCUCUGGAAAGGCGUGUGGUACACGAGCACGUAUUGUCCGUCCGCUUUACAUACAGAACAGUGUG